AUGUCAGAGGAGCAAAUCAAACCUGACCCGGUUGCGCUGCCUAGCGCACCUGAAGCGCUUGAACUCUUUGUCGACACCACUGGGACCGAACAGCCUUUCCCUGUGGUGGAAAACAGUAGUGGGCAUGAAUCAUCCCCAAAUCCUGACGUCACGCAGAACAGCCCAGUAGCUGAAAGCGAAGUGGACACUAACGAGGCAGGCACCGACACCAAGGAUGCUUUGAGGUCUGAGGACAAGUCUCAGGUAGAGGCCCCUGAAAAUGUCCCAGAAGAUGCCUCAAAAGAUACCCCAGAAAAUGCCCCAGUAAAUACUGCAGUGGAAAGGGCCCUGGAAGUUAGUCCAGCGGUAAUUGAGACAAAUACGACUCCUGUAGAGUCCGUCGAAAGUGAAACUCCAGCUGAAGUGGCACCAAAUGAAACUCUAGUCAGAGACGAAACUUCAAAUGAAGCACCCGUCGAAGAAGUAUCAAACGAAACUCCAGUUGGAGUAGCUAUAGAUGAUGCUUCAGAAAGAGCGGAAACUCAAUUGGAAACACCUUUCGAGACCUUGGUAGAUGCUCCAACAGAGCCUGUCGAAGCUCUAUUGGGAGAAAUCAUCGAGACGCCAGCUGACGCUUCAGAUGACGACUAUGAUCCGUUCGACCUCGCCGAAACAGCCAAAAGACCAGCGGAAACCCACCCGGUCGAAGAACCAGUUUCCAAGAAACCUCACAGCUCAAAGCGCACGGCCCAACAGGGCAUCGAGGUACUUCUCAACAGCCCCAUCCACACAGACGAGAAAUUUGCGGACAUCCCAAUUGAACAUAAACAACUCGCAUUGUACGUGGAAUUGAACGAAGUGGACCCGAGUGUGAUCUCUAGCGAGGAUGUCAAGAUGGUCAACAUGGCGGCAACCACCUCCUAUAACAAGCCGUUCCAGAAGCGCAACUUGAUUCCGCUCGUGCCGGUGAACCCGUACUGCAAGCGCCCGGACAUCACGUUGCAAAUGACCCCACAGGAGCGACAGGCGUGGAUCUUUUUCCAGCAAUCAGAAACCGCCUUUUUACAGCAGGGGGGGAAGUGGGACCAGUUUCCGAAGGGCUCGCGCAUGUUUGUGGGCAACUUGUCUGCUAAUACUAUCACCAAACAGGACUUGUUUCGCAUCAUGAACGUGUACGGCGAGGUGCUUGAAAUCUCCAUCAAAGGCGGGUUUGGGUUCUGCCAGUUCCGUACGCUCGAGGCAUGCUCCGCCGCAAUGAAGGGCGAGCGUAACGUACCUCUUCACGGCAGGAUGCUCCAUGUGGACGUUAGCGUGCCCACCUGGGGAAAGCGUGAGGCCCAAGCGCAGGAAGGCACUGAGAAGAAGGACCGCCGGGGCAGUCACGAGGCCAAUGCUACUAUUGACUGCCAGAUAUUCACGACCGAAGCCGCGUCGGCCCUUUACAAGCGCCAGGUCGUCAAGAUGUUCAAACAGUCCAACAUUUCCACCAACGUGGUACACAGACCGCAGGACGUGUCCGAGGCCAUUUCCGAGGCUGCGUACGCCGGAGUGUUGAGCGUGUGCGUAGUCAAGGACAACUGUCUUGAUGUACAGGUCUUCAGCACGACGCCUGACGGGGGCAUCAAAUUUGACGAGUAUGCUGAGGUGGACCUUCUCGUGGGGUUGGACUUGGUCAAGCGAGCGAUAGAAGAACGCUACCCGGAUCGUGAUAUGUCCCAAGCAGAGCCACAAAAUGUCAAACAACAGCUAGAGUACGACCAAGGCCGCCGGUACAACCAAGGUAAUCGCCACAAUAACCGGAAGCCUGGCCGGAAUCACAAUCCUCGAGGUAACUUUGAGCAGAGCGAUCAUGGAAAUUAUCAUGACCGUGGCUAUGAUCAUGACCGUGGUUACGACCGGAAUGGCGGUUACAACGAUCGUGGUUACAACCGUGGCCACAAUGACCGUGGCAAAACUGAUCGUGGGAAUUAUGGUAACAGAGGCAACCGCAGAGGCAACAGCUAUGGUGAGCCACACCAAGAACACGAUUCCCGUGGCCAGAACCAGUACCGUCAGGAUAAGUUUUCCGGUCGCCAGGACUACUCGCGCAAUGCCUACAACCCUCCCGCCAGCGCCCCAGCUGGUGACCUGAGUGCUUUGCUCUCGGCGAUGCAAAAUCUUGAUCCCAACACGUUGGGGCAGAUGAUGAACUUGCUCCAACAGAGACAACAACCAGAACAGGGGUACCAGUCUGCUCCUCAAUCUCAGGACUAUAGCCGUGCUCCUCAACCCUAUGGAGCUCCUCAACCACACGGAGCUUCUCAGCCCUAUGGGGCUCCUCAACCACACGGAGCUUCUCAACCCUAUGGGGCUCCUCAACCACACGGGGCUUCUCAACCUUAUGGGGCUCCCCAACCUUAUGGGACUCCUCAGCCUUAUGGGGCUCCCCAACCUUAUGGGGCUCCUCAACCCUAUGGGACUCCUCAAUCCUACGGCGUUCCUCAACCCUACGGCGCUUCACUUCCCCCUGCUCAGCGCGAACCGUACCGUGCCAAUCAGGGUGCCGAGGAUCCGCCAAAUAUUGCCGAUAUCAUGGCGAAAUUGAGUGGGAAGAAGAUGUAG